AUGUCGUGGAAUAGUAGCCGAGCGAGUGGUGAGUCCGAUUUUGCUAGAUUGACUGAAGUGCUAUCAGGUAUUGUGCAGUUAGGUUCGAGAAAGGCAAAUAAAUAUAUUAAUGAGAAGAUAUUACCGGAGUUUGAUCCGGCAAGUAGAGAUUUGUCAGCAUCAGAGUGGCUAGAUAAAAUUAACAUGUUUGGGUCAAUGUACGAUUGGGAUGAAGCUCAAAAAUUAUAUAUGGGUAUAUUAAAAUUACGGGGUAACGCGAAAGCUUGGUUUGAUGGGCUUAAAACGCCGCUUGUAUCUUGGGAGGUUUUCGCGAUAUCAGUAGUAAGACAAUUUCCGGGAGAAGAGAAUUUUGGUAAGCUUUUUGAAUUAGCAGCCUCACAUAAGACGAGUUCGGGUCAGGAUUUGCAAACGUACUGUUUUGAGAAGGUUAAGAGGAUUAAUAAAUUAAAAGUCGAUAUUCCGGAAAAUAAAGUAGUCGAAUUAGUUACGUUCGGUAUAGUUGACGAGAAUAUCCGAAUGAACGUGAUGGCAUCGAGGAAUAAAACUAUUGCGGAGUUGAACCAAUGUUUAAGUAUGAUUCCGGUAAGCAAAAAACAAGAGUUGAAAAGUCAUAUAUACUCGCGGGAUUCGAGCGAUCGGAAACGCUCUUCAAAUCGUGAUGGCAAUAAACAGCCCACGUGUUUUAAUUGUCAAAAGCCGGGUCACAUGAAAAAAAAUUGUCCUGAGGCGACUCGAAAAGGGGAAAAACGGUCCGGUACCGAUGUUAACAAUGAGACGGCGGGUUCAUCCGGUAAUAAACCUAAGUGUACAUUUUGCGGUGUUAUUGGCCAUGUGGAGUCCACGUGUUUUAAAAAGAAAAAUUCUGAAGAAAGAGAAAAGAAAAAAAAGGGCAUGACUAACCGACCGUUCGGAAGAGUCUAGCUUAAUGGUAAUGCAAGUUGAGGGCAGGGGAAAAGUAUGCAGGCCAAUUAAAACAUGCCAAGUG